UUUUGUGUAUGUGUGUUUAAAGAUGGCGGUGAGUGUGGUGUCGGUGUGUCAGUACUGGAAGCGCUUUGACUUGCAGCACCUUCAGAGAGAGUUAGACAGCAUUGCUACACUGUUGGCCAGCAGACAGGAUGACAGCGAACAGUCCAGGAAAAACCUUGUUGAACAGAGCCGGCACUUUAAGAAGAGCACGCCAGAGGAUCUCAGAAAACUUGUGGCUCCACUGCUGAAGAGUUUUCAGUCUGAGAUUGAUGCAUUGAGCACGAGGAGUAAAGAAGCAGAAACUGCCUUUCUGAGUGUCUAUAAGCGACUGAUCGAUGUACCAGAUCCAGGGUCAGUGCUGGAGUUGUGUCAGCAGCUGCAGUUGAAGGUUCAGAAGAUGAACGACAUCGAAACUGAGAACCAGAAACUGCGGGAGACACUGGACGAAUACAACAAAGAGUUUGCGGAUGUCAAGAAUCAGGAAGUGACCAUAAAAAACCUGAAGGAGAAGAUCCGCGAGUAUGAACAGACCAUGAAGAAUGAGGCACAGAAUCUGGCCCUGGAAAAACAACAGCAGAUCCAUCAAGAUUACGCUGAGAAAGAGAGGAGGUUUCAGGAGUCUCAGGAGUCGUCGCUGUUGAAGCUUCAGGACGCUGAAGUGAAAGCUCAGAGUCUUCAGACGGCACUUGAUAGAACUCAGACAGAGCUUUUCGAUCUGAAGACUAAAUAUGAUGAAGAGUCAACUGCAAAGGCUGAUGAGAUCGAGAUGGUGAUGAUUGAUUUGGAGAGAGCCAAUCAGAGAGCUGAAGCUGCUGAGAGAGAAGUGACGUCACUGAGACAACAACUGACUUCACACAUCUACACCAGUCCAAACACGCAGGACGAGUGUGAAGAUAUUGGCUCCCGGCCGAGUCUAGAGGCGGAGCUCAGUGCCAAAGAGCGCGAGAUGAUCCAGUUGGUGGAGGACGUUCAGAGACUGCAGGCCAACCUCUCCGGUCUCAGAGAAAACUCAUCCGCACAGAUCAGUCAGUUCCAACAACAACUCAAGCUCAAGAGCACAACGCUCAAGCAACUCGAAGAGAAGCUUCAGACACAAGCGGAUUAUGAGGAGAUGAAGAAAGAGCUGAGCAUUCUGAAGUCCAUGGAGUUCGGUCCGUGCGACGGUUCCACACUGCAGGAUGGGUGCAAGCCGUUAGAAGUGCUUCUGCUGGAGAAGAAUCACAGCCUGCAGUCUGAGAACGCAUCACUGCGUAUCGCCAACACUGAACUGAACGGUCACUAUGCGUCUCUUCAGACGGAGUUCUCGGCAGCGGUGAAGAUCAGCUCUGAUCAGAAAGAUCUCAUCGUGAAGCUGGAGCAAGAUCUCAGCACCAUUCAGAGCAUUCAGAGUCGACCCGACGCUGAGGGUGCAGACAGCAGUGUGCUGGUCGUCCCUGAACCUGUUAAAGAAGCCACGUCUCUCUUCUCAGCUGCGAGCGGUUCUCCUCAGGCAGAUCUUCCUCAGGGUCAGAUGGAUUCUCUUCUGACCAUCAUCUCCAGUCAGAGAGAGCGUUUCCGCUCACGUAAUCUGGAGCUGGAGGCUGCCAACGGAUCACUUCAGCAAACCUUACAGUCACUGCAGAGCGAGCUGGACAGCAUGCGUGCUGACAACAUCAAACUCUACGAGAAGAUCAAAUUCCUGCAGAGCUUCCCGAGCAGGGCUGGAGACAGUGAUGAUACAGUCAUGCGUUACUCGUCUCAGUAUGAAGAAAGACUCGACCCUUUCACGUCCUUCAGUAAAAGAGAACGUCACAGAAGAUAUCAGAACCUCAGCCCGUGGGACAAAGCCACACUCAGUCUGGGUCGUGUCAUUCUGUCUAAUAAAACGGCCAGAACAGUUGCUUUCUUCUACACGCUCUUGCUGCACUGCCUCAUCUUCCUGGUGCUGUAUAAAGCCGCGUGGAGCGAGAGUAUCGGCCGGGACUGUGCUGCAUUUUGUGCUAAGAAGUACUCGGAUCACCUGCACCGUUUCCAUGAGGACGGAGACGUGUGGCAGUGAAUGAACAGCCAUCUGUAAACCAUUAAAUGCAAAAAUCAGCUUGAUUUAGCUUGGUUUAGUGUUUGUCUGCUUUCAUUUAUUGUUACUGGGACUGCAGGUGGUUUUUGGAUCUAUACUGGGUUUUGUAUUUAUUUGUCAGGAUGUUUAAAGGUUUGAUGUUAUAACACACAUUAUUUGUGGAAUCUGAUGGUUUCUCUCUGGUAUUGUCAAAUCUUUCAAGUAAAACAUUUCAAUCAUCAUUCUUGUUUGUUUUUCUCAUGCCAGAUGCCGGUAAGAGAAUGAUGAAAUUGAUCCAUCAAAUUGAAAGUUAAAUUUCCCUUAUUUUUAUAGCCUACACUAUAUUCUGCUAAUGUUCGGACUCUAGAAACAGUCUAAUAAAAUUUCCAGGAACCUUU